GUCAUCGCCAGUCAUUGCGGUUUUUAUAAAUUCAAAAUAUAAACUAGACAAAGCUGCUUGUCCAGUUUAUCGGCUCAAUCUUGUUUAACUUAAUGCAUCCACAAGGCUCACAGCUCCAGUAUCCUUUCUGCAGGCACUUCGAUUCCUGUUCAUCAUGCACCAUAAGCAAACUGUAAGGUGCUGAAAUGAAGAUUUUUCUCACGAUCUUGUAUCUGGGAUUUGCUGUACAUGGUCAGGAGAUUUGUGAAUACCACAAUGUUACAGAUGCUCUCGGCAUCUUACAGCAAUCUCCCCGCCUCAUCUAUUCACGUCCUGUCAAGAACUGGAAGGAUCCGACAUAUGUCUCAAUAGAUGUCAUCUUCAGAGCUGUUCUGGAUAUGGAUGAAAAGUUACAGUCGUUGACAACUUUGCUGGACUUUGAGAUGACAUGGCAAAAUGAGUUUCUUUCUUGGGAUCCACAGAACUUUUGUGGUAUAUUUCGGGUUUCCAUCCCAGCAGAGCUAAUCUGGAUCCCAGAUAUAAAUAUCCUUGAAACGGUAGAGUCACACUCUGUUGAUGGGACCUACCUGCAGCUGUAUUAUAAUGGCUUAAUUCAGGGGAGGAAUACAUUGAAUGUUGCAACAACGUGCUCCCUGGAUCUCUAUAAAUUCCCAUUUGACUCUCAAAAAUGCAACCUAACAUUUGUAUUACACUCAUAUCCAGUUGCUGAUGUGAUUAUAAAUAACGCAUCCAGUGCCAGUCUUGUUACAUCUCUGUCUCUGAAAACAUUUGCAACGGGAGAAUGGAGCCUACAGAAUGUCGAUAUUUUAACUGUCAAUGCUUCAAGACAAAGGGAGGAAUGGAGUACCGUGAUUUACCAGAUCAGCAUAAAAAGGGCUCCUAUUCUGUACGUCAUUAAUCUCAUUAUUCCAGCAUGCCUGCUCGUUUUCGUUGACGUUGCCAGUAUGUUUAUACCAAUGGAGGGAGGGGAACGGCUUGGAUUCAAGAUAACAGUCGUCCUUGGAUUCUCUGUGCUCCUGCUGAUUUUAAAUGAUUUUUUGCCCAACACAGAUCAACCACCAAUACUAGGUGUGUUCUGCAUGGUCUGUCUCCUAAUUAUGAUAGUAAGCAUCAUGGACUCAAUCUUCAUAUCCUACAUGCUUCAUCUCUCUGCUGUGCGACCAGAUGUCCCCAACUGGCUAAAACUUUGGGUUUUGAAACGCUUGGCUUAUGUUCUCAGAAUCAAUACAUCAGAGGAGACUCAGCAAUCAAGCAUUGCUGGUGCCCAAAACAAAGGAAUGGUUGAAGAAGCUGCAGGACCCCAGGAAUCGUCUCUACAGGUGAGGAAACAGUUGACCAAAGAAUUCAAAGACAUCCCAGAAAACAGACUGCUUAAAAGAAUCCUCCUGGAACUUCUUACAGUUCGUCGACACCUGAUUUCCACAAAAAAAGAAGAGGAUGCCAGAUCUCAGUGGCAUCUUGUAGCCUUUGUACUUGACCGAUUCAUACUUGUCCUCUAUCUGUUAAUUGUAAUCAUUAUCACUGUGGUCGUGGUCUUUGUAUGGACUGCAUAAUAACUCAUCCUAAAAUAUAAACAUCUGUAGUUUUUCAUUGAGUGUAUGACGUCACUAAUCUUUGUUGUCUUAGGAAUAUUUACACCAUAAAUGAUCAAUGAGUGAUAUGGAACAUAAUAAAUAGAAACAGAUAUCUAAGCGAAAACUAGAUGUUGUUCUCCAGACCAAUCACGAACUAAGCCCAUUGUCAAAUGAAUGGUUCUCUUUACUGGAGUAAUUGUUGCAACACGAUUUAUUGCUAUUUCCCAUAUUUGUUAAUAUAUAUAAAAAAAAUA